UUUGGGUUUAUCGUUAGGUUCGGUUUAAUUUUCGCUUAGUUUACGUUUCGCUGAUUUUUGUGUUGUUUAUUUUCGAGCCAGUGCUCGAACGGCCACCACCUGUCACCUGCCAUCCCCAGCCCGCCCCGAUGGCCGCCCCGACGAAGAUCUGCUCUUGCCCGGCGCCGGCUGACCAGGAUCGGCUCAUCCAGUUCACCAACUGCCGCCUGGUUCGCGGCCACCAGUUGCUCCGCGACGAUCUCUGGGUGCGAGACGGGAAAAUCAUAAAUCCGGAGCCGAUAUUCUUCGACGAGCAGUCCAAGGCCCACAGCCGGAUCGAUUGUGGUGGUGCCAUCAUCGCCCCCGGCUACCUGGAUCUCCAGAUCAAUGGCGGCUAUGGAGUGGACUUCUCCUACGACACCGACACCAUCGAGGAGGGCGUGGCCAAGGUGGCGCGCGGAUUGGUGAAGAGCGGCGUCACCUCCUUCUGCCCCACACUGGUGACCUCGCCCAGCGACAGCUACCACACCAUCCUGCCACGCAUUCCCACGGCUGUGCCCGAGGGCGCCGGCAUCCUGGGCAUCCAUGCCGAGGGCCCGUUCAUCAAUCCCCAGAAGAAGGGAGCCCAUCCCGAGAACUGCAUACAGACCAUAGACAAGGGACUGAGCUCCUUGGAGAGCACUUACGGCUCGCUGGAACGCAUCAAGAUCGUCACCCUGGCGCCGGAGAAGGUCAGCGACCCGCAGGUGAUCGGCCAGCUGGUGGAGCGCGGCAUCACCGUCUCCCUGGGCCACUCCAUGGCCUCGCUGGGCGACGGAGAACGGGCCGUCAAGCAGGGCGCCACCCUGAUCACGCACCUCUUCAACGCCAUGCUGCCGUUCCACCACCGCGAUCCCGGCCUGGUGGGUCUCCUCGCCUCGGAUGCUGUGCCCAGCGGCCGGACCGUGUACUUCGGCAUCAUUUCCGACGGCGUCCACACGCAUCCGGCUGCCCUCAGGAUAGCCUAUCGGACGCACCCGCAGGGCCUGAUCCUGGUGACGGAUGCCAUUUCGGCCCUGGGCCUGGAGGAAGGUGUCCACCACAUCGGCCAGCUGCCGCUGGAGGUGAAGCAGGGCAAGGCGUUCAUCGCCGGCACGGAGACUCUGUGUGGCAGCAUCGCUCCCAUGGACGAGUGUGUGAGGAUCUUUCGAAGGGCCACGGACUGCUCCAUUGUCUAUGCGAUCGAGGCGGCCACUCUGCACCCGGCUCAGUGCCUGAAGAUUGAGAAACAGAAGGGCACCCUGGACUUUGGCUCGGACGCGGACUUUAUACUGCUGGACGACGAGCUGCGGGUGCUCUCCACCUGGAUAGCAGGAAGACGUGUUCACCAGACUGCCGCCUAGCUGGGGCAUCUAAUGCUCCCAGCUGCCUCUAAAUGUAACCAAUAUAUUUUUAUAAACCUGCUGCAGGAUAUAUUUUAUACGGCCCCCACCCACGAUUCUCCCAAAUAAAUUGUUCAUGUUUUAUACAUUCCACUAA